GAUUUAUUAGUUUUCUAUUCUAUAUUUGUCCAAUUCGUCGACUAGAGUACCCUACAUAAUUUGCUAAUUUUCUAUUUGGAUCCUCCCACAACCACUUUUCAUUCAUAACACUUGCCUUUCCAUUUAGGUAUCCAUAUCACCUCACCAAAAAAUCAUCACACAUACUUAUAAAUAUCCAAAGAGGAUAAAAGACAACUAAGAACGAGAUUCACAUGGUAUUGUAAAGUAAUAAUGAAAGAAAUAGUAAUAGGAUUGUAGUAAUGUCCCAAUUUUUGGCAGAUACAGGCGCCUGAUUGAGCAACGCAACUAGCUGGUCCCAAAGACCAUGUGGGUGACAAGUGACACCUGUUGAUCUUUUAUUACUAGUACUUCCCAGUAGUCAAUCUCUUCUUCAUAAUAAUAUUUUAAUUUUGUUCUCUUCCUGAUCAGCUACUUCUAUGGCUGCAUUAAGUUGUUCUGUUUCACUAUCAUUUCCCAUAUCUAAACUUCAACUUCCAAGAAAAUACAGACGCUUGCAUAUUACACUUGCAUCAUCAUCAGCAUCACCAGCUAUGCCUUCUCAUGAAUCAUCUUCAUUAUCUACGCAAAGUGGAAGUAGUGUAUUAUCCUCACCAACAGUGCCAUUAGUUGAGUCUACUAAAACACCACAAAAUGGAUUUGCUAGAUUUGUUCAGAACACUGAGACAACUGUUGAAAGGACAAUAUUUGACUUCCGGUUUCUGGCAUUCCUUGCUAUCGGAGGUUCAUUGGCUGGUUCCCUGCUCUGCUUCCUCAAUGGCUGUGUCUACAUUAUUGACGCUUACAAGGUUUACUGGACGAGCUGUGUGAACGGAAUACACACAGGGAAAAUGGUUCUGCGAUUGGUUGAAGCUAUAGAUGUUUAUCUUGCUGGGACAGUGAUGUUCAUCUUCGGGAUGGGCUUGUAUGGAUUGUUUAUCGCUAAUGCCUCUCCAACUGCCGACCGUGCCCUCAAGCAAUCUUCCUUGUUUGGGAUGUUUGCUCUGAAGGAGAGGCCAAAAUGGAUGAAGAUCAGUUCACUUGAUGAACUAAAAACCAAAGUGGGACAUGUAAUUGUCAUGAUACUUCUUGUCAAGAUGUUCGAGAGGAGCAAGAUGGUCCCAAUAGCCAGUGGUACUGAUCUAUUGAGCUACUCCGUGUGUAUUUUCUUGUCAUCGGCUUCCUUGUAUAUUCUCCAUAAUUUGCACAAGUCAGAAUAACAGUUGACAUGUGCCAUACUGAUGAUACAUGUAUAGCUAAGAGAUACAUUAUAUAUUCUUUUAUGAAAACCUUGUUUUGUGGAGGA